UUUGGCUCCACGAAGGAGGGCCUUCAAGCAAGCACUGCUCGCCCAGGAGGGUCACCUUUUCCUAGCUGUAUUGGACACCUCCACCCUUGUCUUGGUGUGGAGGAUCGGCACUGGAGAGUGUGUCCUUUCCUUAGAAACAAUGAAGGAGCCCCAAAUACUUCUCAAAACAGUCUCAGAUAUGGUUUGUGUUACUAAUGAUGGCUGCCUGACAGUGUGGGACUCUGAGAUGAUCCAUGCUGCAGGAACAGCUCCAAAAAUGGGGCGAGAAGUGAAAGAAGUGCUAAUUGAUCAAACAGGAAAGUGCUUCUACACUACAAACCAGUCAGAGGAAGUCUGGAGGUGGAGUUCAGAUGGAGGACUUCCAAAUGUUUAUUUCUUGCAUGAUGGUCCUGUUGAGAAGCUGCAACUGUCUCCAAAUGGCGUCCACCUUGUGUCACUGUCAGCAGGUGAAAUUUAUGUCUGGCUGACAGAAACAGGUGAGAAUGUUGUGCGGAUCAGCGGCAGCAGAGCUACAGAUGUUCUCAUCACUCCUAAUAGUAACUUUGGAGUGAGUAUUUCUAAGCAAGGGCUCUCCCAUGUUUGGAAGAUUAUCAGUGGAGGUAUAGUGUGCAGCAUACACCUGUACCUAUCUGAUGCCCAGGUGUCACUGGAGAGCACAUUCCUCAUUGGUCUCCAUGGUGGAGACCUGCUGGCUGCAAGCCUGUGGUCAGGUUCAAUCAGCAAGCGUUUCUCUUGCGUGGAGAACUUGGAGCAUGUCAUUGCUUUCCACACACUUUCAGAGCACCCAGACUUUGUGCUGGUCAUGACUGCUUCAGGGGCAAUGUACACCUGGAAUGUAGCAGAGGAGACGGUGUGUUGGCACUUUCAGCUGCCACAUAUGUUUCACUGUCAGCCACAAGACUUCCAAAUGACCUCUUGUGGGAGCUAUGCCUUAUUGUCCACUGACAACGACUCCAUCAACCUCUUAGAUCUAUCUCCGGUCAGACUGUGCUCAUUCAAAGCUGAUGGCCCCAUCAUUAAAGCCUGCUUGGACAAAACUGGACGUUAUGUUGCUCAAAUAUCCCGUCCCACCAACCAGGACAUCCUUAUGUGCUUGUUCUCUGCACGCAGGUCCUAUGCUCACAGUGACAUGGAUUUCAGACAGUGA